CCUUGAACGAACCAAUUGCGCCGAUUUGACCCUCGACACCUCCAAGCCAAGUUGGGAACGAGGCCGCCAUGUCUGGGACAGUGCUCAGCUCCCUUUGCGGCAUCUGCCACAAUGAGCCGCCCAAGUACAAGUGUCCGCGAUGUGGUGCGCGCACUUGCUCGGUGCCAUGUAUCCAAAAGCACAAGGCACGAGCCGAUUGCGAUGGCGUCCGCAAUCCCAGAGCAUUCAUGCCCCUGAGCCAGCUAAAAACUCCCGCCGGAAUUGACCACGACUACAACUUUCUCACGUCGAUUGAGCGCGCCCGCCAACGAGUUGAGAAGGACGUCGUCGAAGCCCGCCGGUUGCUGAGCGAGAAGGACCUGCGACCAAGGAACGAGGAUAAGCUGUUUCAAAAGGUUUGGCACGGCGACGAGCUACGCCAUGUCCCGGUGCAAUCACACCCCUACAGAACGCAUAAACGACUACGAGAGGGCCCGGCGUUCAUUGAUGGUUUUGACAAGCACGUCCGACGGCGACUGCAGUACCUCGACAUCGAGGUCCUGACGAUGCCCAAGGGCAUGGCGCGGCAGAGGGAUAACAGGACGGCUUUCAACAGGCGGACAGGGACAAUCAAUUGGCAGAUAGAAUGGCUCGUCUACAGCGCUUCACAGCUUGGGCUUCCCGUCGAACAAUCCCAAUCGCCCCUCCGAAUCCUCUACAAAAGCCUAGACGGCACACCCCUCCAUGCUGCUCUCAAAUCGACGCUCGACCGGCACCGCGGCCAACUCGACCGCCAAUCCAGAGAACAGCGCGACCAGCUCGAAAUCGACAACGAAGCGGACGCUGACAACUCUCCUGUUUCACAGAAAAAGCGCAAGACGCACCACAACCACUACAACAUCAAGAGGAAACACCCUGACCCCAUCCCGCCGGCAACACAAGACCCCUCGACCUCUACCUGGCCCGCAGCCGCUUACUCAACCCAAUACCCGCUCACCUCCGCCUGGUCCCAAACAACCACCGCUCCCCACAUCGAAACAACGCUCGAAGAACAACUCACUUCAUGGCAAUUCUUCCUCCACUAUAUAGCCCGCCCCACCACCACCACCGACUCCAAGAAGCCAAAGAACGCCAAACUCCUCAUCCCGGUUUCCUCAACAGAAACGCUCGCCAGUGCCUUGGCAGGCAGGACGGUAAUCGAGUUCCCCUCGAUCUAUGCGUUCCCCUCUGGGGCGCAACUGCCCGAUGGGUUUGAGGUCGGUGAUGUCCCGCGGCGGUCGCCCAGGACGAGGGUAGUGGAGGCUGCGAUGGGAGGUGAUGACGCAUUUAAUAAUGAUAACGGCGUUACUAGAAAGCGCGAGUAUAGCAGCUGGGACGGACCGGGGCGCGGCCACGGUCGCGGUCGGGGUCGAGGAGCCGCUUAUGGGAGAGGUGGGAAGAGAGUCAGGUUUGAAGCGGGGAGGGCGCCUGCGAAGGAGGAGGUUGAGGAUGGCGAGGAGUCUGAGGUCGCAGAGGGCGAGGUGGAGGACGGCGAGGUGAAUAAUGACGGGAAUGAAAUUAUGGCCAAGGCUGAAUUUGGAGGGGUGGUGAUGGAGGGUGAUGUGGAGACUGGGAGUGUGGCGGAAGAUGGUAGCAGUGUUACUCUGACGGAGGAGGAGGAGGAGGAGGAGGAGGAGGAAGGUGAGAUUGUAGAGACGAAGGGAGCGAGACCAACGGGUGGGUUAGUUGACUACGGAUCGUCGGACGAUUCUGACUGAAGGUGGUGCUACCUGUGUUUUGGAGCGAGCUUGGUGUUGACAUCUAAAGCUUCUGAAUUUGGGAUAGGCUAGUAUCCGAAAGGCGAUAAAACAUGAUGCUGCGAUGGAAAUGAUCAUCUCUGAGGACGGAAAGAGAUGCUCAUUGCAACCCGAGCACUCAUUUACCCGUUGUAACCACCUUGUGGGUAGGGGACAAAGUCUGGCAUCAGGAUGUCUUCUUCACUAGUACAGUAUCGUUCGGGCCGAAUCG